CCCAGGCGGCUUUCCCCCUCCCAGCUCUCGCGAGAGCGGGCGAGGUUUCCGGUGUUGUGAGUGCGGCGCCCGUCAACAUGGCGGUGAAUCUCCGCGCCCGGUCGCUGAGGCACCUCCGCAUCCGAGGCCGGAACGACAGCGGCGAGGAGAACGUGCCCCUCGAUCUCACCCGAGACCCCUCUGAUAAUCUGAGAGAGAUUCUCCAAAAUGUGGCCAAAUUGCAAGGGGUUUCAAAUAUGAGAAAACUGGGCCACUUGAAUAAUUUUACUAAGCUUCUUUGUAAUGCUGGUCAUAAUGAAGAAAAGCUAGGUUUUACUUAUGACGAUAUCAUCAUAUGUCUGCGGUUAGCUUUACUAAAUGAAGCAAAAGAGGUGAGAGCAGCAGGUCUACGAGCCCUUCGAUAUCUUAUCCGAGACUCCAGUAUUCUGCAGAAAGUAUUAAAAUUGAAAGUGGAUUACUUGAUAGCAAGGUGCAUUGAUAUACAGCAGAGUAAUGAAGUAGAAAGAACACAGGCACUUCGAUUAGUCAGAAAAAUGAUCACUGUGAAUGCUUCAAUAUUUCCUAGUUCUGUUACCAAUUCUUUGAUAGCUGUUGGAAAUGAUGGCCUUCAGGAGAGGGACAGGAUGGUUCGAGCGUGUAUUGCUAUUAUCUGUGAACUGGGUAAGAAUUUUGAAAAAAUUAUAGCAAUUCAGAAUCCAGAAGUAGUUGCACUUCGUGGUGGAUUAAGUACCAUUUUGAAAAAUGUGAUUGAUUGUCAGUUAAGCCGUAUAAAUGAGGCCCUCAUAACUACAGUCUUACAUCUUCUCAAUCAUCCAAAGACUCGACAGUAUGUACGAGCAGAUGUAGAAUUAGAGCGGAUUUUAGCUCCAUACACAGACUUUCACUACAGGCAUAAUCCAGACACUGCAGAAGGACAGCUCAAAGAAGACCGAGAAGCACGGCUUUCAGCUAGUAAAAUGGGAAUUGUGGCAGCAUUUCGCUCAUGGGCAGGUAUCAUUAGUUUAUGCAAGCCUGGGAAUUCUGGGAUCCAAUCUCUUAUUGGGGUGUUUUGUAUACCUAACAUGGAAAUACGGAGAGGACUGCUUGAAGUUCUGUAUGAUAUUUUUCGACUUCCUCUUCCUAUUGUGACUGAAGAAUUUAUAGAAGCACUUCUCAGUGUAGAUCCAAGCCGGUUUCAAGAUAGUUGGAGACUCUCCGAUGGCUUUGUGGCUGCAGAAGCUAAAGUUAUAUUACCUCACCGAGCCAGAUCCAGGCCUGACCUCAUGGAUAAUUACUUGGCACUGGUUCUCUCUGCUUUCAUUAGAAAUGGAUUGUUAGAAGGUCUAGUAGAAGUAAUCACAAGUAGUGAUGAUCCUGUGUCUGUCCGGGCAACCAUCUUACUGGGAGAACUUUUGCAUAUGGCAAACACCAUUCUGCCUCAUUGCCACAGCCACCACUUACAUUGCUUACCAACUUUAAUGAAUAUGGCAGCAUCUUUUGACAUUGGAAAGGAAAAGAGAUUACGAGCCAGUGCAGCACUGAAUUGUUUAAAACGCUUCCAUGAAAUGAAGAAACGAGGACCUAAGCCUUAUAGCCUUCAUCUAGAUCACAUUGUUCAGAAAGCUAUGUCAACACAUCAGCGAAGAGAUCAAUAUCGUGUGCAAAAAGAUAUCUUUAUUCUAAAGGACACAGAGGAGGCACUGUUAACAAAUCUUAGAGAUAGCCAAGUUCUUCAUCACAAAGAGAAUCUUGAGUGGAACUGGAAUCUUAUAGGGACCAUACUUAAGUGGCCAAACAUCAGUCUAAAGGCUAACAAAGAUGAACAAUUGCACAGAUUUGUACGACGGCUGAUAUAUUUCUAUAAGCCCAGCAGCAAAUUGUACGCCAACCUGGAUCUGGAUUAUGCAAAGUCCAAACAACUCACAGUUGUGGGCUGUCAGUUUGCUGAGUUUCUUCUUGAGUCUGAAGAGGAAGGAAGACAGGAAGGAAAGAAGGAAGGAAGGCAGGUGCAACAAAAGCAGGAUGGUCAUAGCUAUCUUGAAGACUUAGUGAAAGAUAUUGUACAAUGGCUUAAUUCUUCAUCUGGAAUGAAACCAGAACGCAGUCUCCAGAACAAUGGGCUACUCAACACCCUUAGUCAGCACUACUUCUUGUUUUUUGGUACGCUUUCCUGUCAUCCCCAUGGAGUGAAAAUGCUUGAAAAGUGUAACGUGUUUCAGUGUCUCCUUAAUCUUUGCUCCUUGAAGAAUCAAGACCACUUGCUCAAACUGACAGUUUCUAGUUUGGACUACAGCAGGGAUGGAUUAGCAAGAGUCAUCCUUUCUAAAAUUCUAACUGCUUCGACAGAUAACUGCAGGUUGUAUGCUACAAAACACCUCCGAGUUCUUCUGAGGGCCAAUGUAGAGUUCUUCAGUAACUGGGGAAUUGAAUUAUUGGUCACUCAGCUUCAUGACAAAAAUAAGGCAAUUUCUUCAGAAGCACUUGAUAUCCUUGAUGAGGCAUGUGAAGACAAGGCCAACCUUCAUGCUCUCAUUCAGAUGAAACCAGCACUGUCACACCUUGGAGACAAGGGCUUGCUUCUCCUUUUAAGAUUUCUUUCAAUUCCAAAAGGGUUUUCCUAUCUAAAUGAGCGAGGCUACGUGACAAAACAAAUGGAGAAGUGGCAGAAGGAGUACAACUUAAAAUAUGUUGACUUGAUAGAAGAGCAACUUAAUGAAGCACUGACCACUUACCGGAAACCUGUUGAUGGUGAUAAUUAUGUUCGGCGUAGCAACCAAAGAUUGCAGCGGCCACAUGUCUAUCUGCCAGUUCACCUUUAUGGCCAACUGGUACAUCACAAAACAGGCUGCCAUUUGUUGGAAGCUCAGAGCAUUGUUCCUGACCUGAGUUACACUGUUCGUUCUCCAAUGCUGGAUAAAUGGGAAGGGAUUAAGCAACUGAAAGCAGCUCUCUGGGCAUUGGGAAAUAUUGGUUCUUCGAACUGGGGUCUGAAUUUGCUUCAAGAGGAAAAUGUGAUUCCUGAUAUAAUGGCACUUGCCCAGCAGUGUGAGGUUCUGUCUGUUAGAGGGACAUGUGUCUACGUGCUUGGCUUAAUAGCCAAAACAAAACAAGGUUGUGACAUUUUGAAACAUCAUAAUUGGGAUGCGGUGAGACACAGUCGAAGACAGCCAUGGCCAGUAGUCCCUGAUGAUAUGGAACAACUCUGCAAUGAACUCUCCUCCAUCCCCAGCACACUUAGCUUAAACUCUGAAUCUACUGGGUCAAGGCACAACAGUGAAAGUGAAUCUGCACCAUCGAGCAUGUUCAUUAUGGAAGAUGAUAGGAUUGGCAGCACCUCUACUAGCACAUUUUUCUUAGAUAUCUCAGAAGAUGGAGAGCAGAAUCUCUAUGACCAAUCUGGAUCCUUGAAGGAUAAAGAUCGCAAUCCCUUUCCUUUUUUCUCUUCCGGCAGACUUGCAAAGAAUCGAUUUUUAAAUUCUCUUACCUUGCCUAAUAAAAAGCACAGGAGUAGCAGUAUUCCUAAAAGUGGCAAGCUUUCUUCUUCGGAGAGCAAAAUGGGUUUGAGGCGAAAUCGCACAGUAACUGAGCCUUCAGGCAGUAUUGAUUUUACACGGGGGGAUGAUUUCACGCCAAUAUUUAGGGUGCCUAAAAUUCAAACUUUCAAGCUGGAAACUUCAUUUGUCGGGAGUAGGCAAAAUGAAGAUGCAGCUAGCACUCCAAGCCUUGGUGAAAAUGACCUAAAACUUCCAAAAAACUUUGGCCAUGAAAAUCACCGGGAAAACACGAGCCGAGAAAGGCUGAUGGGGGAUGUUUCUACACAAACAAACUUCAAAAGUCGAAGUUUGAGUUUCAAUACAGAUACUACUACAAGUGGCAUAAGUUCAAUGAGUUCAAGCCCUUCAAGGGAGACUAUGGGAGUGGACACUACAAAUAUAGACACAGACUGUGGGAGUUUAAGUACUGUGGUGAGUACAAAGACAGUUAAAACAAUUCAGUAUUCGACUCCACAGCCUAAUCACCUCCCUCUCUCAAAGUCAAAUUCUGUUUCCCUGGUGCCACCAGGGUCUUCACACACACUUCCUCGGAGAGCACAGUCACUAAAAGCUCCUUCACUUGCUACAAUAAAAAGUCUGGCUGACUAUAACUUUAGUUAUACCAGUUCUCGAGACGCCUUUGGAUAUGCAACGCUAAAACGCUUGCAACAACAGAGGAUGCACCCUUCUUUGUCUCAUUCAGAAGCCCUGGCUUCUCCAGCAAAGGAUGUGCUUUUCACGGACACUAUCACAAUGAAGUCUGGCAGUCUAGAUUCCCGAUUAACACAAAACAGGUUCAUAAGAGCUUUAAGUUAUGCAUCAUCUCUAGAUAAAGAAGAUUUAUUAAGCCCUAUUAAUCAAAAUACUCUGCAGCGCUCUUCUUCUGUUCGUUCCAUGGUGUCAAAUGCUACCUAUGGUAGCUCAGAUGAUUACAUUGGACUUGCACUUCCUGUUGAUAUCAAUGAAAUAUUUCAGGUAAAAGAAACUCCAUAUUUUCUGAAGAAAACUGUGCCUUCGUUUGAUGAACGGAGCACUCGAGUCUUUGGCCAGGAUGCUGGAGGUUUGUCAGGAAGUUCUACUGAAGCUGUGAAGAGUCCUUUUCAGAUACUUCGUCAGCAAAUCAGUCUUACAGAGAUUAUGAACACAAGCCGUUCGGAUGCCUCCCAAUUCCUUGAAAACAUGGAAGAUACCGGGCUUCAAGAGCACACUGAAGACAAUUGUCUUUACUGUGUCUGCACGCACAUUCUGGGCUAUCAACAUAACAACAAAGUGAACUCUGCAUAUAGUCGCACAGAAUUUUCAGACAUUCCUUAUUCUGACUGGUGUGGAAAGACCAUGCAUAAUCACUUGGAUGUGGUUUCCCAUUCCUCAAAGUUUUCUGGAAUUUCAGGAUGUAGCGAUGCUGUAUCUCAUGGAUCAGCUAGUAGCACUAAGAGUACAGAUCUUGUCAUAGGAGUAAAGUCAAUCCCAGAUGAUACUCCAGUCUGCCGCAUACUACUGAGAAAGGAAGUCUUGCGAUUAGUGAUCAACUUGAGUAGUUCAGUGGGAACCAAAGGUCAUGAAACAGGUUUAUUGACGAUUAAAGAGAAGUUCCCCCAAGCAUUUGAUGACAUAUGCCUUUACUCUGAAGUGUCUUACUUGUUGGCUCACUGUACAUUUAGAUUACCAUCUCGGCGGUUCAUACAGGAGCUUUUUCAAGAUGUACAGUUUUUACAGAUGCAUGAAGAAGCAGAAGCUGUUUUGGCUGCAAAUCAACAGACAGUUAGCCUCUCGACAGAAUCCUGACCUCUUGUUUUCCACAGUGUGAUAAACAUGAAGUUGCUGGUAGCCUUGGAUAACUUUUGAUGGAUUGGGCAACAGAGAGAAGCAUCGUCUUCUAAAUGGCUGCUGGAGUCCUGGGUACAUGUAGCUGGAGUCUGAGCUACAGAACCUGCCCUCAGUGGAAUAUGGCUUCCCUAGCUGUCUGAGCCAGCCCUAUGUGGAAUUGUUAACAUGAUAAAAGUACCAAUUAUGAAAAUAUGCAAGAAGAACCAAGCACGAAACACUUGCACAGGUUUUCAUUUCACAUACUUUAAAAUGCAAUGUAUGGACAAUGUAGAAGGGCAAGUUUUACAUGGUUGACUUCUGGACAAAAAAAAAUGAUAUCUUGCUUGUUCACCCUAGAUCUCAGAUUCAGGGUGUCUUAGGUUUUAUACCAUUGUCAGUGAAGCAUGCUCUAACCGUGGACAUAAGGGCAUUAAUUAUGGACCUUCCGUGGUAUUUUUCUUAAUUUUUGUGAAACACUACUUGGGGGAUUUCUGAUCUCAGAGAGAGACUCCUCAGUAACUGAGGAUAGUCUUAAAGUUGUUAUGAUUACUUAUAGCAAAACUAGCUGUUAGCAGCCUGUCCAGCUCUGUUGCAGUUGAUUGUAAUUAUAUGUUUACUGAACUAAUUAAGGAAUUUCACUACAUUGAUUUUAAGAGAACAAAUCAUUUAUUCAUCUCCUGGAAUCAGAUUUUCCCUUUAAAUGUAAUGCAUGCCAUUUUGGUGGAGUGUCUACGUUAGUGCUCAUCCAGUAUAUAAAUUGGUUGUCUAAAUGUAAACCUUUAACAAGCAUGACUUCAGAUUAAGGGGUGCAUACUUUAUCAAGUAAACCUAGGAAAUAUAUGCCUGUUGCUGCUUUUGGUCAAGAAAGAUGAAAAAAUCCACAUUCCAUGGCUUUAAAUUUUCUCCUUAUUACUGGACUGCAGGAUAAUACCAAUAAUUGUAGUGAAAAGCCUUAAACAUACAGUGUUGAAGCGGCCACUACUUUGCUUUAAUCCAGAGUACUUUUGGAUAAUUUGCACAGAUUAUAGAGUUGUGACAAUGUAGAUUAGUUCCCCCACCCCCUUAAAGUGAAAUACAUAAUUUUUUAUAAGUAUGGACUUGAAACAAAAGCAUCUUGUACUGAGCCUCUGCAAUAUCUGAUAACUGAUAUAUGUAAACCUGUACAUACAUAUGCCCAGUUCCUUUAAUUAGGCUUUAAUGAACUAUAUUUGUUUCUAAUUUAUUGUAUAUUUGAAUCAUUCAGCUGGACUGUUUUGAGAUUGUUCACCUUCUUUCACAUUUACCCCCACUCAACCUUAAAACAAAAAUCAGCACAAGGAUUUGCUUGUCAAGGUGGAAACUGCUCAGUUUUGCUUAUUCCUUAUCUGAACUUAAUUAUUGCGCUAAUGAGAUGUUUUGUGGCAUAAAUUUGUUCUUAGCGGCAUGUACUGUUCUGUAUAAUUGCAUUCUUUUCUUUUGAAAUGUAGCACUCUAUUACAUUUACUGCCAUACCAAACAAAAAAGCAAAAUCAUUUUGCUACACAACUCAGGGAGAGGAAAGUAGAAGCAGUCUACAUGUACUUGCUGCUUUUUAGCUAUCUUCUCCCUUAUCAAGAAGUGGCAAACAGUUGUGUCUGGCUCCCCCCCCCCCCCAUCACUCCUCUCUUUCACCUGCUACAUUGAAGGAUAAAUGACUACUCCGUAAAGUUCUUCCUAGCUUGGCCAAGCUGUGUGGCUGCAUGUUUUCUCCUCCCACUGCAUCAUUGUGUGUUGAGACGCUUACCCACUGCUUUCUCUUUCAGCCCAAAAAAAAUACAAAUGGAUUUUUUGGAAAAAAAAUCAACCACUUGACCAUUUUCAAGAAGCUACCCAUGCAGGCAAUUUUCCACCCCAAACUAGAAAUGAGACCUGGGGUAUCUUCUUAUGUACCUUGGAGGUGAUUAUUUCUCCUGCUUCCCCAAGUGAUGGAUACUGUAAAAUCAGGAAAACAUUUCCCUAAUAGCAAUUUGGAGUGGGGGGCAGGAGACCAUUGAUGACUUCUUUCCUGUCUUGUUAUAUUUUGGGCUAGUAGCAGGUGACAUUUCCUGGAGGCAGUCUUCUCCCCACCAACUCUCCCCCCCCCCCCCCCGAAGCUGUGGAGCAAAGUCUCAUAUUUGUGCUGGCACUGAGUAAUCAAUUGAGAUUCCAAUUUGCAUGUAAGAACUCCUUCCUGUAGUAUUAAAUGGCAGAACUGUUUUCAUCAAAUGAUAUGCCCUUAAUUAUCAUGUAAUUAAUUGAACAUUUGGAGAACCAUGGAAAAAGGUGCUUCCAUCAGGAAUCAGUACUUUACUGUAUAUUCUACAAAGUGAAUCUUGGAGAAUUGGGGUGAGGGCAGGGGUGAGAAAGGAGCUUCAUAUGUUUUAAUACCGACCUUUUAAACACAUAGAGUUGCAUAACAAUUAUCUAUCAGUAUUUAGAGAGAGAUCUUUUAACCUUCACAGUUCCUUUGCAAAACCAAAAUAUCAGCCACAAUAGACCAAAUAGUGGUACAACCUCCAAAGGACUAAUGCCAUACUCCCAUUAAAAACUGAAAUACAGUAGUUGCAAAUACUACCUCAGUUAAGUUAGAGUAACAUUGUUAUCUAGGUAGAAUUAAUUGAUUGGCUUCAUAUUUCGUUUUGUUUUGUUUUUUCUUGCUUUGAAGUAAGAAGUAAAUCAGGAAGUAUUCUUUAAAAGAUGUAAAUCUAUAUUAACAAAAGAAAAGUCUCCAAAUAGUUAAGCUUCCUGAUUACAUCUCUUAGAGAAAGGAUAUUAGGAAUGAUUACAGAAAACUAAAGAGGAAACUUGCAUCACAAUGUAUAUGUAUUCACAUAGCAGUGCAUAUUAGUCUUGUGCUUUCAGGGUAAAUCUUUUCUUGGGGGGCCCAAUCCAUUUUUGAGUGCCUCCUGAAAUUGGGAGGGUUUUUUUUCAGAUCAGGGCCUUGAAAUUUGGGCCAUUAUUGGGGGGGGGAGGUAGCACCCACUGGCUCCCCUUCCUGACGUUCUUACCUGGCACCUGCUGUUGCUCCUCUGGAGUAAGAGGCGUUCAACUGCAGGUGCGCUCCAGGCCUGCCUGCACACCUCACCAUCCACCACACACACCCCUCCACACUCUCUAAGUAUGUGUGUGUGGCGGGGUCUGCAAGCAGGCCCGGAGAACAUCAGCAGGUCCCGCAAGCCGCCACACAUGCUCCCCCACACUCUUCAAGAGUGUGUGAGUGGUGGGGCCUGCAGCUCCUGGCCUGCCUGCAUGCAAACAAGGAGGCAAUUUCGGCUCAAAACAAAAGCAGGCUUGUGUCGAGCAGAUUUCUGGGGGGGGGGGGGGGGGCUUCCUGUUUCAUGCUUCUGCAGAAAUGGAAUGCGUAGAAAUAAAUGGUAGGAAUGAAUUUCGUGCACAUGGCUAAUGCAUAUGCCAUAUAUUUAAUAAGCUUUUGCUUUUUUUUGAACACCAAGAACUCUGACUUCUAUCCAAAAUGGGCUGGCCCCAGCCCUUUGGGGAGUAAUUUCACCAAUAAUUUUGCAAAAUAACAGAUAUACCCAAUGGAUUUCUACCUAUGUACAUCUGGGAAGGGUGUCUUGGGGCCAUACAGACAUACAGAUUUUCCUCCUUGGCAAAGUUCUACCAGUCCAGUCUUUCGCAUUUCCAUAGAUUAUACUUGCAUGGCUUUUAAAUCAUUAACUCAAAUGCAGUUAAACAGCCCUUUGUUGUGACUUGAGAAAGUCCUGCCUGGUUUGUGACAAUUUCCUGCAUUUUUGUGCUGCCAGGACAAAGAGAGCAAAAGGAAGGCCUAUUGAACACCUGGUUGACUUUUGGACUUGGCUGAUGGAUGGGCUGCAUUUGGCUAAGAAUGAACAAGCUUCUGCACUGAAGUUUCUCCUUGAGCACUGAGCCAGAAGCUAUGGAAAAGGUUCCUUAGAAAUAAGUAUGAUACUCCAUAGGAGAGAUCUGCACUUGCAACACACAAUGAAUUACAUGGGCAUUCAGAUCGGGUCACUUCCUCUGUGAUUCCCUCCCUUUACUCAAAUGGGUAGAAAACUCAGUCUGUCUUGCAUGAAAAUUAGAGAUGCUGAAAGUAGCAUCUCUCUCCCAUUAUGAAAUGUAUUGUUUUGUUUUUUUUUAAGGAUUUUGAUUCUUCAACAGUAACCCUUCAAGAAAGGGAAGGAACUUUUGUCUCCCAGAUGCUAUGGACCAUAAAUUUCAUAAUCCCAGACUUUUGGUGAUGCCAGCUGGAGCUUCUAGGAGUUGAAGUCCAGAACACCCAAAGAACCAAAGAUUUUUCAGGCCUGCCCUACAGCAUGCUACUAAAUCCUGAGGAUCUGUUGGGACAUAUGCUUUGUUUGUAUGGAAGAUAGUGGAAUAAUUAGAAACAGACACAUAUGCACAUUCACACUGUGGAGGUUAUUUGAAUCUAGGGUCUUCAGUGAGGGCUGCUCCACAUCUUUGAAUGUCUAAGUGGUGUCCCAAAAGGUUGCAUGUGAAAAAAAGAGUUUAAAUGGUUACCCUUUUAUUGUUCAUUGCAUUCCAAAAUCAAAGAGUUCUGCUUCCUGUAAAAAUAAUUUUAGUGAUGAAGUAAAUGUUAUGGCAUAGUCAAGCUUCACAUUCAUCAUCUCCAUCAGCUUGUAUAUACUAGCAGCAGAGCAAUAACCUGGUUUCAUUUGCUGUUAGAGGGGAAAUAAACCAUGAUUUUCUAGUCCUCAGGACAUAGACUCAUUCUAGAUUUGCCCUUCUGUUUGUUUUCACUAACUUCUUUCUCCUUCCUGAGCCCUCCACACCAUUCCCAACUGGCCCCUCACUUCAGGAGCAGGCUUUUUGAAGGUGCAAACAGAAGGGGGAGACAGGAAAGACCAAUUCUUUGAAUGUAUUAUGUUCACAACCCUCUAGCUCAUAAGCUGUGACAAAAGAUAACAUGGCCCUAAAAAGACUGAAGGAAAUACUCACAAUUAUUACUAGGGUAUACAGGCAACAUACUUUCUCAUUCUGCUCAAUUUUUAGUAUGUAGAAAAUGGCAAGUGAACUCAAGAGUUUCACCAUCAUCUCUUUAUGUCUGCUAUAAGAGGAGGUUCUGGUGGUCUGAAUGGGCUUAAUUCUCACUCUGAUCAGGCACAUUGUGAAUGAAUGUGAGUAUUAUGCUCAAUGUGUUAUUUCCGUCUCUUCCACCACUACUGAGAAGGCUUAAUGCUUAAUACACCUUUUAAAGUUAGGAGUGGAAGAGGCAGAAUUCACAUGCACAAGGACAUUGGAGGAAAGGAUGGAAUGCCUUUAGCUCUCUGUAUAUAUAUUUUGUCUAGAAUAAACCUAAUCUCCCAUUUAUCAUUUGAUACAUGCUUUUAGGCUAUUAUUCAAGGUGGUGUAGUAAGGAUCCCUUUCCCAGUAAAACCGAUACUUUCCAUACCAGAGCACACCUUUACAGCAGGUUAGCGACUGGGAGAGAGCAAUGACAUACAAGUGACAUCUGGCUGCAGUGAUAAAAGAGACACUUCCAUCUUUCCAGAUCUCCAGUGAAAGUACAUUAGAGAUCUGGGAGAACGAGGUCUUAUCUUCUACCAGCCAUUGAUCAGAUGUGGGGACACCCUCUGUUAUGGAAAAGGUUGGUUGCAGAAAGGGGAACAGGCUAAUACAAGAUCUUGACUGUUACAGUUCCAUAAAUUCAAGGUUCAAUGCAUUCAAAUUAUUUCUCAAAUAUGAAAACUAUAGACAAUGACAGGCAUCUUAUGAUGGUACUCAACAACACUUUGAAGCAGCUAUCUCCAGACUGCUGCCAUAUAUGUGUUUUGCACUACCAUCCCCAUCACUCUAGACAUAUGCUUGGACAUGAUGGUUGUCAUCUAACAUAUCUGUCAAGUGCCAGUUUGGGAAAGGCUGUUUUUACUUGAUAAGGAUGAAAUAGGAAUAUCCUUGGAAGCAUUUCACAUACUUGAUGUUUCUGGCAACACUUUUAAAUUCUUUUUCAGUGUUGAUGUCAUCUUGGUGAAGUGAAUAUAAGUUGCAGAGGGCUUAAGCCAACCAAAGCAAGGCACUUUCAGUUUGGGAAAGCUUAACUUUUUUUAGUCUUGCCUUAAACAUCUUUAUAUUGUGAUAGAAAAAUAUUACUUGCAGUGACCUAUCUAUUGCAAUUGUUCUCUGACUUUGAUCCACCUAAUGUUUAGAACUUCUAGGAGUAAAAAUCAACAACAUCUGGAGGACCAGAGAUAGAAAAGUCCUGAACUGGCAUCCACCUCAUUCCCUCCAGAUGUUUUGUUCUACAGUCAGCCUCCGAUGUUCUAUAAGUCAGAUAUCAGAAACUUCUGGUUUCUCUGAUCUCUUAUCCCUUCUUGUUUGUCCUCUUGUUCAGAAAACAAAAUAAUUAUGUGUCUUUCAGCCUUUUUCAAUUACUGUACCUUAAUAUUACUUUAUGGCUAAAGGUAUGCUAGUGAUGAUGGGAACAUGGUAGAAUCCUUGUUACACACUUCCCUUUUCUAGAAAUGGAAAUAGUCCAGUUCUGAAUCAAGGUUUUUUAUUUAAAUUUAUCUUCUUAAACUUCCAUUUUACUACAUAUUUUUGUUAACCUUUGUUAAAAAUCCAUAAAAGAAUGUGUUAUUUUUUUCUUUUGACUUAUUUUUGUAAAAUUAGGUGGAUAGCAAUGCCACAGUAUGCAGAAAUUGCACUUUUUUGCUUGACUUCCUUGUAAAAUAGAUAUUAUUUAAUUUGAAAAAAUAAUAAUGUAAUUUAUGCCAAAAAAAAGGUAACUUGCCAUUUUCCCACUGCAUAGGUUAGAUUAGCACAAAAUACAAAGAACUUUGGUUGGGGUGGAAUUUUGCAGGCAUAAUUAUGAGAUGGGAAAGAAUUCUACUUCAAAUAGUGGCUACCAAUAACCCAAGCAAUGUGUGUUAAAUUAGAGAUGAUGUAAAUUAGUCAAUCUGAGGAGGGGAAGAGAUUAUGAAAAUGUUCAAGACUUGUUUUCCCUGCUCCAUGUGGUCAUUAUUUCUUUUAUAUAUGUAUAUACAUAUUAGUUGACGAGCUGCUACAUAUUUUGAAGUUCUAUUGUUUGUAGGUCACUGAAUGGACAUUGAAAUCUGAUUUAUAUUGUAUACCUGUAACAUAGAAAGAAAAAAGUAUUUAUAUAUUUUCUGUAUGAAUAUUUCAUUGAGCUGUGUAUAAUUUUAAAGAGACUUUGUCCCCAAACGGUUCUGCUCAUCUUGAUUUUUAGUUUGGUUUUUUUAAUUUUGUUUGGGGUUUUUUUGUUUCCUUUUGUAUAGUGUAUACAAUUUGUGUCUAUGAACAGUAAAAGCCUCCUGGAGCAUUAUCUUAUUAAAGGGAUGCAUUGUUAAUAAAAUGAACUUCAAACAGU